AUGCAGUUAUCCUCCCUGCUCGGGCUUCUUGUAGCCUCAGCAGCUUCCCUUGCAUCCGCUGCUACGGUGCAAGGUCGCAUCGCAGCGAACCAACAUCUCCCCGACAUCCAUGCUCUCCCUCCAACGACGCUCAUCACACUGUCCGCGGCGGGUGUGAGUAAGAAGACGCACCCGGGUCCGGAGGGAAGGUUCGAGAUCAAGAAUGUGUCAGAGGGGGCUUAUCUACUUGAGGUGUGGGCAAACACGCAUAUCUUCUCCCCCGUCCGGAUAGACAUUUUGUCCGCCGACGAAGCCGCUGCAAUCGCAGCCAAAGCCUCUACCGACGAAGUCACCGUUGCACCCGAGGAUAUUGUCGUCCACCAAACCUUCCGCGCAAACUCCUUCUCCAACAAAGGCGCAAAACUCCCUUACCCCCUCACUCUCCGCCCGAGCUCCCAAUCUUCUUUCUACAUCCCCCGCGAAAGCCUCAACUUCAAGGGACUACUCUCCAACCCAAUGUUGCUGAUCAUGAUCUUCAUGGGUGCUAUGAUGUUCGUUAUGCCCAAGUUGCAGGAAGGAAUUGAUCCGGAAGAGUUGAAGAAGUUUCAAGAAUCUGGUGGGGCUGGGGCACAGAUUGCUUCGAAUCCGCUUGGUGCGCUCGAGAACUUUUCGAUGGCGAGUUUCUUGGCGGGACAGGGUGGGACGGCUCAACAACCGAAAGGGCCUGCGGUUCCUAUUAAGCAGGGUGGAGGGAAACAGGGUGGGAGGAGAUGA